AGGGGAAGUCAGGCUCUGCUCCCAGGGAACGGGGACAGGACAAGAGGAAUGGCCUCAAUCUGUGCCGGGAAGGGUCAGGUUGGACAUCAGCAGGAAUUUCAUCACAAAAGGUUUGUCAAGGAAGGGGGUGCCCAAGGAAGUUUGGAGUCCCCAUCCCUGGAGAUGUCCAAGGAAGGUCUGGAUGUGGCACUCAGUGCUCUGGGCUGGGUGACAAGGUGGGGAUCGGGCACAGCUUGGACUUGAUGAUCUUGGAGGUCAUUUCCAACCUGAAUGUUUCUGGGAUUCUGUUAUUUGAGCCAUAGGGUAUACACAGAAUAAGGGGGGGGGGGGGGGGGGAAAGGGGAAAACGGACAACAGGCAGAAGUCCAUGGGAAACUGAAUUGCAUAAAUUUAUCCUGUGGGUUAUUCUUAAUUAAAUGAUAAUGAAUUUAUCUACCUCUCCCCAGCUGUGCAUCUCACUCUUCUCAGUGCUCUGUUAAGUCAUAGGAAUGUGAAAAGAAAUUUACUAAAACAUGAUUGCAAGUAAUUGAAACAAGCAGGUUUUCCAUUUUCAGUUUAUUUAUUUAUUUAUCAGAGUGAAAAGAACAAAUUCUUCCCUGAAAUCCUAAUGGGUAGAAGUGUUAGUUUUACUGAUUCUGUUUUGGGAUAAUUUUGCAACAACUGAAUGCUUUCAUACCAAAUGCCAUAAGAUGCACUCAGACUCUGGUGACACUUAAUUAUCACUACUGUAUGUGUCCCAGCUUCAUGGCAACCUCUGUACUCAAAGUUGCAUUUAGAUAUAUAUAUUUAUGCCAAUAUAUUUAUUGCCAUGCAAAGUAGUGUGAAAUGAACAAGUAGUUAUUUGUAUCUGAAUGUGUGAUAGUCUAAAUCAAAGUGUGAAAUAAGUGUGUGUGAAGAAGGAUCAAUGGUCACUUAAAUUCUGAGAACCUCAGAUUUAAAAUACGGUUACUCUAGGAUUAUGGUGGAGGUGAACAGUGAACUGUCUGGAGUGAGAUUUUAUAACAGAAAAGAGAACUCUUUUCUAUUUUGUCUUGUGAAUUAGAUACUUCCAAAUGCCAGGCUUGUCUCAAAAUACAUUUUCCAGUAUUUCCUACAAUGUUUGAAGUUGUAGCAUCUACUUUCUUAGCAUAUCUGCCUAUUAUUCAAUUUCUACAUUAAACCAAAAGAUUUCAAUACUCUCAUGUUGUGGCUGUGUUUAGGAAUGUGUAGCAUAGAAAAAAUACAUUAAUUUUAAGACCUUAUCAUUAAAAAAAAAGAAAGAAAAUGAGUCCAGAAUGUGCAUUACUAUUCUGAGGCCUUCCUUGACUGUCUAGGGAGUCUAAAAUUUUAAUUGAGGGAUCACAUUGGAAGGGCAGAGUUACAGUGAUGGAAUGCCAAACUGUAUUAAAAUAAUACUGACAUUUGCUUUCCUCUCCCUUAUUGCAAACGUGAAAUCUGAUGGCAAAAAGGAAUCGAAGAAAGAAAAGGAAAAGAGGCUGAAAGCUGAAGCCCUAUUAAGAGCUCAACAAGAAGAAGCAGAAAGACUUGAAAGGGAGAGAUUGUAUCAAGAGCACUUGGAAAAGCUUGAAGCAAAGUAUCAAGGAGAGAGAGAGUCUGAACUAGCAGAACUUAAUUCACUGGAACAGAAGUUUCUUUCUGCACAGCAGUGGAAAAUUAAUUACAGAGAACAAGCUAAGUGGGAGCACUACCUCAGCUGUGAUGGGACUCCUGACCCCACUGUACCUCAGGAAAUCAACACUUUCAUGAGCUUGUGGCGUGAUGACCAAGAUGAGGACAUUCAGCUUGUGAUGGAGAAGGAGGAAGUGGUGCUAAAUUUGAUUGAGAAGUUGGAGUUUCUUCUGUUGGAGGCAUCCCCAGAAGAGAUCACAGACAAACAACGAGACCAGUACCAGGAAGUUAUUCUGCAAUUGCAGGAUCUGCUUCAUCAGAAGUACAAUGAUGCCACACAGAACCUGCUCAAAAUAGCUAGUAUGUAUGAAGAUUCUGAAACUGGGAAUAUGCACACAGUCCUAAAGGAUGAAAACAUUACUUUCUGUAUUUGGGUCAAUCUGAAGAAGAAAGCAAGGUUCAAGAGCCACGUGUUCCAGGAGGCAGGGCACGGCUUCGAGCUGCCCAAGGCCCUGGCUCUGAGCAGCGUGGCCGUUCGCGUGCUGCACACCCGCUACGACCACGUGUCUCCCCGGUGGGUGCAGUGCCAAGGGCUGCCAAGGCAGGAGGCCUCAUACAGCCUGGAGUUAGCUGAGCAUCCAGAGGACACUGGGCAAGGACCAGGAGAAGAGGAGGAGGAAGGCAGGGAAGAACCCAGCACGCCUGCUGCAGAAGAAAUGGGUUCUAACGGGAGAAAGGAGAGUGCUGCCUCACUGAAAGAAAACAGCAAUAACACAGCUGAUAUAAAAGAGACAAAGGAGGAAACUGAGAAGAAUUCAGACAUUUUGGAUGUGCCAUCACAAGAGGAGGAUGCCCUGCUGCAGGAGGAGGCAGGAGGCAGAGAAGAGGCACCAAAAGCUGUGGAUUUGCAGCAGCUGGUGCCCGUGGGGGGUGUAUUCCACAUCUCUGCCCUGCAGCUGCCGCCCCAGGCCCAGGACGUCGGGGACUGGAGCAUGGUGGAGCUGCUGGAUGCUGGAUUGGAGGUGUAUCCGUAUUCCCCAGGAGAAGCUGAAGAUGGCACACAGGAAGCAGUACAGAUAACCUUGAGGCUCCCUGAUAAUGUGAUUUAUUUUCAAGCACCCGUGGUAGCCCGAUGGGAUCCUGCAGGCCAGCAGUGGAGAACUGAUGGCAUCAGCAACAUAACCUAUGAAGCAGAAGAAAAGAGCAUCACCUUUAGCAUGGGUGCCUUUUAUACAGUAGCCCUCCUCCAGGAUGCUCACCUGAACCUGCCCUAUCAGGCCUGGGAAUUGCACCCUGCUGGUGUGGAUGAAGGACUCUUCACAGUUACUGCAGUCUUUGCAACCAUUCAGAUACAAAUUAAGGAUGAUCAGUGUAUGUUGUCUUCAGUAGUGGUGGAAGAGGAGGAGGUGCUUUCCCACAUCGCAGGAAAAUGGAUGAGUCCUUUUGCCCUCAGAGCAGCUUUGAAAAGAGCUGGAGUGAACAUUUUCCCAGCAGGGUACUCUUCCAAGUACGUCCCUGUGCCCAGGAAGGCUGCCCUGGCAGAAGCGAAGGCCUACGAACAGAUGGCUCUGCUUGCAGCUGCUUUUGCUUUUGCUCACAGCAAGUGGAAUGGAGAAGCAGGGCCGGAGCGAGUCGUGUUCAAGGCAAGGGAACAUCUCACAGCGGGUUCUGCCAAAGACAAUGACUGGUCUCUUUUCAUGUUCGACGGUGAGAAGGUACAAAACCUCAAGCUCACUGAGACCAGUGAAGCUUUUUCAGAAGAGCUGGAAGAAGAGUCUGAAUUUCACUCCACACUCUACCAUAUGCUCAAGGCUUCUGCCAGCAGUGAAGCCAUGGAUAAAGUGGAAAGAGCUGGCUUCCUGUUUAUUGAUUCUGUGUAUCAGCUGCUCCUUGCUACCAGAGUUUUAGCAUACUCUUAGAUACUGCAUGCUUUCUUUUACAGCUUUAUUAUCAAAAGCUUUCAGUAAAGUUACAUUCCUUUUCUAUUCAAAACAUUGAAACAGGUUCUGAAAUGCAAACAUUUUUUCUUUGUUCAAGCAAAAUAAAUUCUUAUUCAAUUGUG